CUUCCGAGUUCUUACGAAGCAGUUUAGCCGAACUGCACAUAGACGACUGUUAACGGAGUUCCACUCUAAUGGUACUUGUUCUGCCCUCGUACUUAGUGCUAUGCCUACACCUGCCAGUCUACGAGAAUUAGCCAUCAGGUCGCACGAACGAACGUAUUGUGUUUGGAAUUUGAAACCAGGCAAUCAUUAAGUACAGAGGAAUCAUUAGUUCAUACAGACACCAUAUUAACCGAACAUCUCAAACUCAGUAUCAUAAUCCUCCAACAUGGAGUCAAGUGGUAUUCUCGAUUCACAUUCCUUGGCAUGUGUGAAAGAUCAAGAGAACCUAAAAGAUUCACAAUAUGUCACAUAAAUCAGGACUCUGUAAGAAAGCUUGAUUAGGAUAAACAGUUAAUCUACUCCUUAUCCUUCAAUAUAAUUCCUUUGUUUUUGAGGUGGUGAAGGAGAUCGACAGUCUUGACACAGUAAAAGAUCUUUCUUGGUAGUUAUACUUAGUUUGAAGUAAAAAAGGAAAUAACACAGGUGGAUUCCGAUUAGGAUGUCAAACUUAGCCUUUUCCCAAGUUAUUUAAAUAAUCAUAAUCAUUUUUUAUCUUCUGGAGCCGGCGUAAAUAACAUGACAUUCGAUAAGCGAUUUUCUUGACAAUCAGGAUAUCGGGUGUUACCAGAUACUUUCCAUUCAUUAUUUUUUAGCUGCACCUAUCAUAUAAUAUCCAAGUUACAUGUAUGCCAUUUGAAAUUCUGUUUUGUGUUUGUAAUGGUGGUACUGGUUCAUGUCCUUACUGAACCCUAGCAGGUAAAGCAUGUGUUACGAGUGAUCUGAUUCACCUUAACCUCGUAAUAUUGUGUCAAUUGAGAUCGCUAUAACAAUAGAACUGAGGGACUCAAUUUAUUAAUGAAUAUAGAAGAAGCUAAAAAAUUACAUUUAUCUAUUCGUAUAUUAUGUUACAUUAAUACAAUACCCAAAACACAUAGAACCAAAGCUAUUUAUGUUAAAAAUAGUUGGGCAAAACGUUGUACAAAAUAUCUAUUUAUGAGUAGUGUAUAUGACAAGGAAUUACCAACAAUUAAGUUAAAUUUAAGUUAUCCAGAAAGUCGUCAACAUUUAUGGAGUAAAAUGCGAGCAAUUCUUCGUUAUGUCUAUCAAUAUCGAAAUGAUUAUGAUUAUUUUUUAAAAGCAGAUGAUGAUACUUUUGUAAUCAUGGAAAAUUUAAGAUCUAUUUUACAUCAGCAUAAUCCAAAAGAUCCAUUUAUGAUUGGUUAUAAUUUCCCUUACCUUACAAAAAAUGGUUAUUUCUCUGGAGGUGCAGGUUAUGUCCUCUCACAAGAAGCAUUAAAGCGUAUUGUUGAACAAGCUAUUGACAAGCAUCCAAGUUGUCCGACGUACGAUGAAGACAAAGAAGAUGUGAAAUUAAGUAUGUGUGGUCAACCAGUCGGUGUAAAACUGUAUCAUAUGGUUGAUUUAAAUGGAACCUUUCCAUUCACCUGGCGAAGAGAACAAAGAAAUUAUUAUCUUUUCCAAUGGCGCAGUCUCGAAGGUGAAUUUCUUAGCUUAGUUUAUCCAAAGAAACGCGCUAAAAAUUCUAAAUCUCUAGCAACUACAAAAACGGUUGAUCAUCUUCAUGAUCCAAGUGAUUUGCUCAGUGAUCACUUGAUUAGUUUGCAUUAUAUUCAACCAUUCUACAUGUAUUUACUGGAAUUUGUUUUAUAUCACUUGAGACCAAUUCAGGAAAUGGAUUAUUUGAAUGCAUAACUGUCGAGGAAAAAAAAAUUAAAACUACGUUGAGAAACCACACUUUAUGUUCAUGAUUUUUAAACUUACUACUGUCUCUACUUCUAUUAUGCACCGUAUGAAAUAUAAUUAAAAUUAACUUUAUCGUUUAUCAACGAUUUAUUUCAUUUUAAAAUCAUGUUUAUUUUUAAUGUUACCUUUUUGGAAGGACGUAUCAUGUAAUUUGUUUGUUGUGACACUUCAACUGUCUUCAAUGUAAAUAUUACUUAAUUAACCAGUAAAAGGUAAAUAUUUCAUCAUUUUUUCUUUAAUUUCACAUUUCCAACAAGUGACUACGUAUGUCAUUUCUCUACUACAUUAUUUAAGCGUCUUAGAUUGUAUAACUAGUUUCACUAAGAACGGGCAAUAAAUUAAUAACUUUCUUCUAUGUCUGCUUUUUACAAUAAAGCUAUGUAAAAGCAUAAUUCUUUAAUUUUACUUAAAUGAAAGAACACUUGGAGGAGAAAACCAUUUUAGUAUCUAAUGCAAAUCACACAGUGUCUUAGUAUAUUAUGAAAAUUUUGCAUUAAAUACAUCAUAUGCACAUCUUUUUCACGUUAUCCUUCACGUAUUCUAUUAUUUCUCUAAUUCUGUUGUUCUAUCGAUUUCACUUCGACUUCCUUCCUGUUCUCUUCAUUUCGAUCUUCGGCUUCCAGAGAUUCCAUUUCAGAUUGGUACUACAUACUACUUGUAUUUAUCAGUAUACACCACACUACUUGUGUAAAUCAAGCGCUUUUUGAUAAUAAAUAUCUAGCCAAAUAUGGAUUGAAAUGUAUUAAUGAAUAAUUCCAGUUUUUGUUCGGAAGAAAUACCAAAGGGCUUGAAACAAAGUAAAGUAACUAAAAUUAUUAGUAUCCGGAAAACGUCUAACAGCACUUGACAUACUUCUCUAUCAAUUGUGGUUAGGAUAAUCAGCAAACAUGAAAAUCAGAUAAUUAACAAAUAAUAAAAUAAUACAUAUUAGCGUUAAUUUUUUAGUUGUAGAUGAUUCAACACCUGACGCUAACUGCAACGGAAAAUCUUCGCGAGUCAUCCUUACUCUUGUAACUCCAAAACAUAUACCUGUUGAGUUUGACUGUGUGAAAUUUUGUCUGGUUUUUAACAGUUGAAAAUGAUUCAGUUCACUGUAUGAUAUGCAUCACUCUUUUUUUUCAGAAAAAUAAGGACAGUGGUAUUUUUCCUCUGAGUAUAUUUUAUAGCAUUGACCGUUUAAUUACGCAUCAAGAUUAUUGUUUUUGCCUUAAUUAAAUUUAUUUCAGUUAAAGUAAUCUCCAAGAGUAUCGCUUUUUUCUAGAAAGAUUUAUAAUCUUUACUUUUUGAGUAUGGAUACAAAGAAGGCACUGGUAUUUUUUAAUCGCUGAGUAUAUCUUUUAGUAUUGUUUGUAUCCAAAAGUGUUAAGGUUUUUUCGUAUCUACUGAAGUCGGAUUUUUUCAUUGUUGUUAGAUGCACUAAUAAACAAACCUCUGUUUUUUGUGUUCAGUGUCUAUCACACAAUAAGCCAUAAAAUAUACUUAUUCUAGUGACUA